GCCGAAGGCAGUCGCCCAACCAACUGAGCCACCCAGGCGCCCCUCAUCCCGCUUUCUUUAAUUGGGAUUUGUGUCGCCCGUUUCUGUCACUUCUUCCAAAGCGUCCCUCUUUUCUAGUUCCAGUCCACACGGGUCUUGUUUUGUACCUGUAAGAUGUUCAUAAGCACUUUUCAUGCACACGUUCAGAAACUUCCUUCCCUUCGCCUGUGAAGGGCGGUUACCCUGUUUCAGAGGUGCGGAAACAGACUCAGGAGAGGUAAGGGCUGGGCCCAGGAGCCAGGCUUGAACUCAGGACUCUGCACUCGGCAAAGCUUUUCACACACGCGGGUCCUCAAACACAGGGCUUCUCCCUGCCCCAAAGCUCUACCGCCGUGGCAGGAAGAUUAGGGACCCGUCAAAAAGAGGCAUUUUAGAUUGGCAUUUUUGAUUGGCAUUUUAGACACUAAAUCCAAGACCUCAGGAGCUCACGCCAUCUCCUACCAUCUCUUUGCGUUGCAGCCCUGCGUGCUGGGAGUGUCCGACGGCAGAGGACGGCACGCUCAGAGGGCUGAGCUCUUUGGGUUCCGUGGAAGGCGGCAUGGGCUGACCUGGAACUGACCUGCAUGACCAGCAAAGGAGCCGCCCGGCAUGUUCUGCCCACCGCUCGCCGAGGUGCCUGACCAUGAGCCUCAACUCCUCCCUCGGCCACAGGAAGGAGCUGGGUAACGGCACGCACGGGGAUGGUGGCGCGGGGGGCGGCGCCAUCGCCGACUUCGUCACCAUCGUCAUCAUCGCCGUUUUCGUCUGCCUGGGCAACCUGCUCGUGGUGGUCACCUUGUACAAGAAGUCCUACCUGCUCACCCUCAGCAACAAGUUCGUCUUCAGCCUGACCCUGUCCAACUUCCUGCUGUCCGUGCUGGUGCUGCCCUUCGUGGCCACCAGCUCCGUCCGCAGGGAAUGGGUCUUCGGUGUGGUCUGGUGCAACUUCUCGGCCCUCCUGUACCUGCUCAUCAGCUCGGCCAGCAUGCUGACCCUCGGGGUCAUCGCCGUGGACCGCUACUACGCUGUCCUGUACCCCAUGGCGUACCCCAUGAAGAUCACGGGGAACCGGGCUGUGAUGGCUCUGGUCUACAUCUGGCUUCACUCCCUCGUCGGCUGCCUGCCACCUCUGUUUGGCUGGUCGUCCGUGGAGUUCGACGAGUUCAAGUGGAUGUGUGUGGCCGCGUGGCACCGGGAGCCUGGCUACACGGCCUUCUGGCAGAUCUGGUGCGCCCUGUUCCCCUUUCUGGUCAUGCUGGUGUGCUACGGCUUCAUCUUCCGCGUGGCCAGGGUCAAGGCGCGCAAGGUGCACUGUGGCACAGUGGUCCUGGCGGGGGAGGACGCCCGGCGGGACGGGAGGAAGAACUCCAGCACCUCCACCUCAUCGUCCGGCAGUAGGAGGACCGCCUUGCAGGGCGUGGUCUACUCGGCCAACCAGUGCAAAGCCCUCCUCACCAUCCUGGUGGUCCUCGGGGCCUUUUCCGUCACCUGGGGCCCGUACAUGCUUGUCAUCACCUCCGAGGCCCUCUGGGGUAAGAACUCCGUCUCCCCGGCCCUGGAGACCUGGGCCACGUGGCUGUCCUUCACCAGCGCCGUCUGCCACCCCCUGAUCUACGGGCUCUGGAACAAGACGGUCCGCAAGGAGCUGCUGGGCAUGUGCUUUGGGGAUCGGUACUACCGGGAGCCGUUCGUGCAGCGGCAGAGGACGUCCCGGCUCUUCAGCAUCUCCAACAGGAUCACAGACCUGGGCCUGUCUCCCCACCUCACAGCGCUCAUGGCGGGCGGACAGCCCCUCGGGAACAGCAGCAGCACGGGGGACACUGGCUUCAGCUGCUCCCAGGACUCAGGCACAGACGUGAUGCUGCUGGAGGACCGCACGUCCGAGGACAGCGCUCCCUCCCGAUGCACCUGCCCCCCCAAGAGAAGGAGCUCCGUGACCUUUGAGGACGAAGUGGAACAAGUUAGAGACGCUGCCAGGAGUCCCGUUCUUCGUGUGGGAGCCGCACUGCACCAGUCCCUGGACAGUUACGCGGCCAGCUUGGCCGAAGCCAUAGAGGCCGAAGCCAAAGUCAAGCUGUUCGGGGAGGAGGCGUUGCCCAGGGUCCUGGCCACGGCCCGGACUGUCCCCGGGGCCGGCUUCGGGGGCCGCCGGGGCAGCAGGACGCCUGCGGGCCGGCAGCUGCAGCUGCGGAGCAUCGAGGAAGGGAACAUCUUAGCCGCAGGACGGACAUGAGGGCCUCAGGGAUGGUCCCACAGGGGGGCGCCUGGGGAAGGACAUCUAGGGGCCGCCACCAGGAAAACAGUGCAGGGUCUCAUGAGGCUG